AUAUGAAAUAAUGAAUUUCAAGAAAAUGGGGAAGGACUACUUUGAUUACAUCAAUGUUGGCAGCUGGGACAAUGGCGAGCUGAAAAUGGAUGACGACGAAAUAUGGUCAGAGAAAAAUAAUAUCAUCAGAUCUGUGUGCAGUGAACCCUGCGAAAAAGGCCAGAUAAAGGUGAUCCGUAAAGGAGAAGUGAGUUGCUGUUGGACCUGCACUCCUUGUAAAGAGAAUGAAUAUGUAUCUGACGAAUACACAUGCAAAGCCUGCCAGCUCGGCUCCUGGCCCAACGAAGAGCUCACAGGUUGUGACCUCAUCCCAGUCCAGUAUCUCAGAUGGGGUGAUCCUGAACCAAUUGCAGCAGUUGUUUUUGCAUGUCUGGGUCUGCUGGCUACCUUGUUCGUUACUGCUAUAUUCAUAAUGUACCGUGAUACUCCAGUGGUCAAGUCAUCCAGCCGAGAACUUUGCUACAUCAUUCUAGCUGGCAUCUGCUUGGGUUACUUGUGCACUUUCUGCCUCAUCGCGAAACCUCAACAGAUUUACUGUUACCUUCAACGAAUUGGCAUUGGCCUCUCCCCUGCUAUGAGUUAUUCUGCUCUAGUAACUAAAACCAACCGCAUCGCAAGAAUCCUGGCUGGCAGCAAGAAGAAAAUUUGUACAAAGAAACCGAGGUUCAUGAGUGCCUGCGCCCAACUGGUUAUUGCAUUUAUCUUGAUAUGUAUACAAUUAGGCAUAAUUGUUGCCCUCUUUAUAAUGGAGCCACCAGAUAUUAUGCAUGAUUACCCCAGCAUCCGAGAGGUCUACCUGAUUUGUAACACCACCAACCUGGGUGUUGUAACUCCCCUUGGAUAUAAUGGAUUAUUAAUUUUGAGUUGCACCUUUUAUGCAUUUAAGACAAGAAAUGUCCCAGCUAAUUUCAAUGAAGCAAAGUAUAUUGCCUUUACAAUGUACACCACCUGCAUAAUUUGGCUGGCUUUUGUGCCAAUAUAUUUUGGAAGCAACUACAAGAUAAUCACCAUGUGUUUCUCCGUGAGCUUGAGUGCCACCGUGGCCCUCGGCUGUAUGUUUGUCCCCAAGGUUUAUAUCAUCCUUGCUAAGCCAGAAAGGAACGUACGCAGCGCAUUCACCACGUCGACUGUGGUCCGCAUGCAUGUAGGGGAUGGAAAGUCAUCUUCAGCUGCCAGCCGCUCAAGCAGCCUCGUCAACCUCUGGAAAAGAAGGGGAUCAUCUGGUGAAACCCUUAG